GAAGUUUUAAAAAAAUCCGUUGUGUUUUUAUUGUUUUCGUGUUUUUUACGCAUUUUACGUAUUUUAAUUAUUAUUUUAAGUGCAAAAAUGGCCUCAUUCGAUUUAAACGCAAUAAGUUCGGCAUUAAAUGACCCGGGAAGAACUGUGAGUGGUGUAGAUUUUUCUGGAAGGUCUUUAAAAUUGGAUACCGAACAAGAUGCGAAACCCAUCAUCGACGCGAUCAACGCGUGCCCCGACCUCCAGUACCUCACGCUGACUGGGAACACGCUUGGCGUCGCCGCGGCGAAGGCGAUAGCGAAGGCGCUCGAGAACCGUCCCGAGUUGAAGACGGCGAGGUUCUCGGAUAUGUUCACGGGGAGGAUGAAGACGGAGAUACCGCCGGCUUUGAGCGCUCUGGGAGACGGUAUGAUACAAGCGGGCGCGCGCCUCACGUCGCUGGACUUGAGCGACAACGCGUUCGGCCCGAUCGGAGUGGAGGGGCUCGCGAAACUGUUGCAGAGCGAUGUUUGCUCGCAGUUGCAGGAGCUGCGUCUCAACAACAACGGUUUAGGUAUAACGGGUGGACGGUUGCUGGCCAAAGCCCUAUCGGCCAGUCCAAAGAAACUGAAGAUAUUCAUAGCCGGCAGGAAUAGAUUGGAGAAUGAUGGAGCUACUGCGUUGGCUGGUGUAUUUCAGAGCAUGGGCACACUAGAAGAAAUUGCCAUGCCGCAGAACGGCAUAUACCACGCCGGCAUAUCUGCCCUCAGCGAGGCGUUCAAGCAGAACCCGCGACUGGCUUGUUUGAACCUCAACGAUAACACCAUCGGGCCAAAGGGGGCUGCCGCGAUAGCUAUGGCCCUGCCUAAAUUGAAGAAUUUGAAAUCCAUCAAUUUCGGCGACUGUUUGUUGAAGAGCAAAGGUGCGAGCGCGCUCGCGCGAGGCCUGAAGGAUCAUUGCGUGCAGCUGGAGUCAUUGGACCUGAGUCACAACGAAAUCGGCAGCGGCGCGUGCAUGGAGCUGGUCGACGCGCUGAGCUCGCUGCCGGACUGCGCGGAGCGGCUCAGCCGGGUGGUGCUCGCUGGUAACAGUUUAGGCGGUGCGGCGAAUAAGAAAACAAUAAAGGACAAACUCGGCCCGUCGGCUGAGCUAAGCGAUGGGGAGGGGAGCGAAGAGGAGUUCGUGUCGGACUCCGACGAGGACGGCACCGACGAAUCGGACGGGGACAACUCGGAGGACAGCGCCACGGAGGACGCGCGGCACAUGGACCCCGCGGGGGACGUCGUCCGUGACCUGGCACUAGACAGUUCCGGAGUAGAAGAAGUGGAAUCGGAUGUGGGUAGAUUCUUAAAAGAGCCGACAGUGGAGAAUCUAAAUAAACUAGGGCCGGAUGCGGCGAAACUCAUAGAUGUACAUUUUCAGUCUAUACACGACCAGGAGAGCCUCAUACAGGCGUACGUGGAAGCGCUCUGCUGCGUGUCCGGCCUGUCCCGCGAGAGCCCCGCAGCGGGCCGCGUGGCCCGCGACCUGUACCCCCUGCUGGUGGGGCGCGCCAAGCAGCAGUGGCUGCUGGCUAACACCGUGCUCGCGGCUUUACAGUUAAUUAAGUCUGAAAACAAAAACUACAAGAUCCGGUGGAGCGUACCGCCGUGCUACAGCGUGCUCGCGUCGCAAAUAGACGCUACGUACUUCCCCGCGGCGUUGCGUGACACUUUGCGAUUUUUUAUAAGUAGCAAGUUGGAGGUGUUGGCGCCGGAGGUCAAAGCGGCGGUUGAAAUGUACCCUAAUUUAUAUACUUGAAUAAAAUUUUUAAGGAA